AUGAGCAAGCCUGCUCCUCCUAAUUAUAUUGCUGGGUUGGGUAGAGGUGCCAAUAGUUUUACUACUCGGUCAGAUAUUGGUCCUGCUAGAGAAAAUGCACCGGAUGAUGGAGCUGCUUUGGCAGCAGCUCAGGCUGCAACUGAAGGUAGAAGAAUUCCAGGAAAAAGAGGAGAAGAUGAUGGUGAAGGUCCAUCGGGAGUAGAUCCUUCUGAGCAAUAUCAAGACCCAGACCAAGAGCGAGGUCUAUUCAACACUGCACCCUAUGAAGCCGACGAUGAAGAAGCAGAUCAUAUUUACGAGCAGAUUGAGCGCACCAUGGACGAGCGACGAAAGGCUCGAAGAGAGGCUCGUGAGCGAGAGGAGUUGGAACGAUAUCGUCGUGAGCGACCCAAGAUUCAACAGCAGUUUGUGGAUUUGAAACGAGGGCUGGCUACCAUGUCAGAGGAUGAAUGGGCUGCUAUUCCUGAGGUGGGAGAUAUGGUCAGAAAAAAAGGAGCUUCUGGAAAAAAGUCUGGUCUUGCUGAACGGUACACUGCUGUUCCAGAUUCAGUAUUGUUGGGUGCUGCAAGUAGAUCUCAGCUUGUUCAAUCCAUUGAUGCGAGCGGCAAUGGAGCGGCUUCUGUCAUGAGCAAUUUGGGUGCAGACACUGGACGGACUGAUUUUGCUCAAUUUGGACAGGCUAGAGAUAAGGUGUUGGGACUAAAGCUAGAUCAGGUAUCUGAUUCAGUUUCUGGCCAAACUACGAUUGACCCAAAAGGCUAUUUGACAGAUCUGAGUUCUGUAAUUAUCAAGUCGGACUCGGAAAUUAGUGAUAUCAAAAAAGCUCGUACUCUGCUGAGAUCUGUUACUACCACCAAUCCCAAACAUGCGCCUGGUUGGAUUGCUGCUGCCCGUUUAGAAGAACACGCUGGUAAGCUAUCUGCUGCAAGAGAUGUCAUUUCUCGUGGUUGUGACGAGUGUCCUGUCAAUGAGGAUGUGUGGCUAGAAGCUGCCCGCCUCAAUACCAUUGACAAUGCCAAGAUUAUCCUAGCAAAUGCUGCUCGUAUGAUCCCACAAUCCGUCAAGAUUUGGCUGCGUGCGUGUGAUUUGGAAACGGAUCCCAAGGCUCAGAAACGUGUUCUUCGUCGUGCACUAGAGUAUAUUCCUAAUUCUGUCAAGAUUUGGAAAGCUGCAGUGUCACUUGAAGCUGAUCCAGAAGAUGCUCGUAUUUUGCUUUCUCGUGCUGUAGAAUGUGUACCACUUUCAGUAGAACUAUGGCUUGCACUAGCACGUUUAGAGUCGUAUGAAAACGCACGCAAGGUUCUCAACAAGGCUCGUCAAGCCAUUCCUACUUCUCACGAGAUUUGGGUUGGUGCUGCCAAGCUUGAAGAGCAAAAUGGCAAUCUUCGCAUGGUAGACAAAGUGAUUGAGCGAUCAGUGUCAAAGCUCACUGAAGUAGGCACCAAUCUAGAGCGUGAGCAAUGGCUUACUGAAGCCGAGUCAUGUGAACGAGAUGGGUUUGUAGGAGUUGCUGAAUCGAUUGUUCGAUGUACCAUUGACAUUGGCAUUGAAGAGGAUGACUACAAGCAAACAUGGAUAGAUGAUGCAGAAGGAUGUAUUUCUCGAUCAGCCUAUGCAACGGCUCGUGCCAUUUAUACGCAUGCACUCAAGGUGUUUCCCAACAAGAAAUCUGUAUGGCGUCAAGCAGCAUUUUUUGAAAAAGCACACGGAACACGAGAGUCUCUUGAAGAGCUUUUGCAACGUGCCGUUCGAUAUUGUCCACAGGCAGAAGUACUGUGGCUUAUGGGUGCCAAAGAGAAAUGGUUGUCAGGAGAUAUUGAAGCAGCUAAAUCUAUCUUGUCCAAUGCAUUUGCAGCCAAUCCCAAUUCUGAGCAGAUAUGGCUUGCUGCAAUCAAGCUGGAAGUAGAAACCGGAGAAUACCAUCGUGCACGAGUAUUGUUGGCAAGUGCUCGUGAGAGAGCAGAUACUGAGCGUGUGUGGAUGAAGUCGGCUGUUUUGGAACGACAACAAGGUAGAUUUCAAGAUGCAAUUGAAUUAUUGAACCAAGGAAUUCAAAAGUUUCCGUUGUUUAGCAAGUUGUGGGUCAUCAAGGGUCAGAUUUUAGACGAGGAUCUUGAAGACAUUGAAAAUGCUCGAGACAACUACGCACAGGCUUUGAAGCGGAUUCCUAAAUCAGUAGUGUUGUGGUUACUGGCAUCUCGUCUUGAGGAAAAGGCAGGAUUACCCAUCAAGGCAAGAGCAACAUUAGAAAAGGCUCGAAUUAUGAAUGCCAAAGUGCCCGAGUUUUGGUGCGAGGCGAUCCGAGUAGAAGUGCGAGCAGGCAAUGCACCAAUGGCUAAAGCGCUAUUAGCCAAAUCUCUUCAAGAUUGCCCCACAUCAGGAUUACUAUGGUCAGAAGCGAUCUUGAUGGAAGCUAGACCUCAGCGUAAGGCAAGAUCAGCGGAUGCAUUGAAGAAGUGUGAAAAUGAUCCAAUGGUCGUGGCAACGAUUGCGCGACUGUUUUGGGCUGAGAGAAAGCUAGACAAGGCGAGAAACUGGUUUAACCGCGCGGUCAAGACCAAUCCGGAUCUUGGUGAUUCAUGGGGAUGGUGGUAUAAGUUUGAGCUAACGCAUGGAACAGCAGAGCAGCAGUUGGAAGUGAUGAAUAGGUGUGUUUUGGCAGAGCCUCGCCAUGGUACAAUUUGGCAACAGGAGUCCAAACGUAUGCAGAAUGUAGGAAAAAAGACGGAUGAGAUUUUGAAGUUGGUUGCAGCAGAGAUGAGCAACAGUAAUCUUUAA